AUGAGUUACAACUGGAUUCAACAAUCAGCAAUACCGGGCAGCGUUAGACCGAUCUAUGGUGCUCAGUACCCCCCGCUUGAACGAGAUAGUGGAGUGGACGGUAUCAGCCGAACAGAGAAUACCGGUAAUCACCGGUCAAACUGUGGAGCAAAGUUCAAAAAUUAUGUCGAUAGUGUUUCGGAUGCUUGGGAUGUAUCAGUAACGUUGGAUGAACGAGCAGCAUGCACAACUGCAGCAAAAGUUCUUGAGCGGCAUGCGAAUCAAGUGGCGCGAGAUCUCAUAAUGCCACCAGUUAAUCCAAUCCCUUCAAAAAACAGUAAAGUACAAGCAAUGCAACGUUUGGCUAUUCAAAAAGAACCUAUACCUGGGACAGCGGUACCAUCUGGCAGCACUGGAACACAGACAUCUUUGAAUUUGUAUCCAAGAUUGCCAGAGAUAUCAACGGAGUACGGGAGAACACCGUUAUGUUCAAUAGUAAGUGAUUCAGUCUUGACACAUGGUUCUCCGUUAAUUCGAGGGCGUACUUCAGCUCUCCAACGUGAUCAUUCUCGUUUCGACCGAUUGCGUACUCAACUUGGUUUUCAUGUAAGUCCAACGUCGAGUCCCGUAAUCGGUAGUGGGAGUCAAUUUCUGAAAACUAUAAAUAUCGACUUAGAGCAGUUGCGCAAAGAUUGUUGGAUGGGUAUACCUCAUAAAUUACGACCGACUAUUUGGAGAAUAUUAUCGUUUUUAGAUCUGAAUCCUUUACAUGACAGUAUUAUUCUCUUUCCUCAGCUGUUAAGAUGGAUGCAUUUUUACUUUUCAUUUAUUCCAUUUUCCAAACAGGGUUAUCUGCCUACAAAUUUUGAGCGUCGUGAGAUAACACUUGGUAGGAAAAGAGAAGAAUACUGGUGCUAUGUGGAGCAGUAUUUCCACACACGAUACGAUGAGCAGCAUCAAGAUACGUUUAGACAGAUACACAUUGAUAUUCCACGCAUGUGUCCCUUGAUAUUAUUGUUCCAGCAAAAAAUAGUACAGGAGAUUUUUGAACGUAUUUUAUAUAUAUGGGCAAUUCGUCAUCCAGCAAGUGGAUAUGUUCAGGGCAUCAACGACUUGGUCACACCUUUUUUUGUUGUAUUCUUGUCGGAAUUCAUAGAUGAGGAUGCAGAAGUUGGACGAUACAAUGUCAGUCAUCUACAACGAGAACAACUUGAAGUCGUCGAAGCUGAUAGUUUUUGGUGCGUUACAGCAUUACUGGAUACGAUUCAAGACAAUUAUACAUUUGCACAGCCAGGCAUCCAGCGUAAAGUGUCUCAGUUGCGACAUCUCAUGAGCCGAGUAGAUAAACAACUCCAUCGUCAUUUGGAAGAACAUGGUAUUGAAUAUUUACAGUUCGCAUUCCGUUGGAUGAACAAUGUACUAAUGAGGGAAAUUCCUUUGCGAGCUACAAUUCGCCUUUGGGAUACUUAUUUGGUUUGUUACGAAAGUGAUUAUGGCUUCAGCGAAAAGAACGGGUUUUCACAUUUUCAUGGUUAUGUGUGCGCCGCUUUUCUUCGGAUGUGGUCGAAACAAUUGCAAGCUGAGAAGGAUUUUCAGGGAAUUAUGUUGCUCUUGCAAAAUCUUCCUACAAAUAGCUGGGGUGAUCAGCAGAUAUGCGAGCUGACGGCUGAUGCUUUCUCUUUGAUGGCAGUUUUCGAUGGCGCUAAAAAUCAUUUAACACAUGAUAUAAAUACGUAA